AAUGUCAUUUUCGGACCAAAACAAAGCGGGAAUUCACGUUUUUUCGGUGAAUUUGAGAGAUUUUUGUUGUUUUAUUAAGAAAUAAUUGCGGAAAAUAUGUCGGGAUUCAAUUUUGGGACGCCUCAAGCGACAACAACGACACAAAAUACGGGAUUUAGCUUCUCCGCGUCGACUCCAGCUGCUCCUUCUACGGGUUUUGGAGGCUUUGGAGGCAUCACAUCGACACCGGCAGCAGCUCCAGCUCCCGCUACAGGCGGAUUUUCCUUCGGUUUAUCGUCUUCGACGCCCGCAGCGACUUCUUCCGCGCCAUCUACAGCUCCAACGACGGGAUUUUCCUUCGGAACUCCCGCAGCAGCUUCAACUCAAACGGGUUUAACGCUCGGUACGACGUCACAAGCAGCUCCAGCAGCCACGGGAGGCUUUAAUUUCGGGCAAACAAAUGCCGCGCCAGCAACAACUGCUCCUCCUGCCUUCGGAUUUGGUCAAACGACGACAACGACGCAACCUCAAGCUUCAGGUUUACAGUUUGGAUUGUCGACAGCGCCCAAAACAACUGCUCCGACAUUAACUUUGGGCGUUCCUGCAGCGACUACAAGUGCUCCGGGCUUUGGAUUUGGCUCGGCAGUGACUUCGACGACAUCAACGGCACCCGCUUCGACGGGAUUUUCCUUUGGCGCAGCAACGACAACGUCGACAGCAGCUUCCGGGACAACAGCAACGCCCGGAUUGACCUUCGGCGGAGGCUUAUCGGGCUUUGGAACGACUGCGGCGGCAUCAAAUGCUCCCACAUUGACAGGAUUCGGCGGAAAUUUGGGAGUUUCGGGUGUUCAAACGACAACAACGGUCACAAUUUCGAAACCUGCCGGGCUUGGAGGCAUCGAUAUCAAUGCAACGCUCCAAAAACCCGUCGAAGGAAAGAGUGACAGUGGAAAAGUCAAGGAAAAUCAAGUCCCCGUCGAAAUUGUGAACACAGUCGAAGCCUUGAAAACGCACAUUAAGACCCAAAAAACGAUGAGUUCCGAUAUCGCGCGCACUACAACCCGCAAAAUGCUCAAUGUGCAAAGCGAAAUUCAAGAUAUGGCCUUCAACGUGCAAGAAUUGGCGGAUAAAGUUCAAUCCAACAAGGCAAGUGUCAAAUUGCUGCGUCAAGAAACCACGGAAGUCAUUCAUCACACGGAUAUGGCACAACGAACACAUGACACGCCCGUUGGUUUGCAAUUUGAAAACACCGCGCCGCUUCAAUAUUUCAUCGAACUUACGCAAAAAUACGAAAAUGACUUGAUGACGUUGAAGAAUCAGGUUGAAUUGACGGAGAAACACAUGAUUUCGCUGACAAAUCCGCAAUCUUUUACGCCCGAGGAUCUGAAAAAGGGACUUCAGCAGUUGCAUGAGAGUUUUAUUGCGCUCGCAGGACGUCUUUAUGACUCGCAUCAAAAGGUUCAGGCGCAGAAAGAGCAAUAUUUGAGCCUUAGGAGACAUUUGUUGAAUGACAAAACUGAUGUUUUUAACACAAAGUCAGAGGCGGAGGCUGUGGAUAAGAGUUUUGGAAGUCUCGUUUCCGCGGGACCGACGCCUUUUUCGACUUUGGGGAAUUUGAGCUUUGGUAAAAAUAUGUCAGGUCAGUCAAAUAACACGACGGGAGUAGCUCAACAGCAGCAACAACAACAACAAACAUUCGGAUUUAAUCAGUCAUCAGCUCCGAACACUUCGAGUGGUUUCUUCAACUUGCAAAAUCCGCCAUUCCUUGGACAGAAACGCAACAAGCCCUAA